AUGUGCGCAACACGCCUGGAUUGCCCCGCCUCUCCAUCGCGAUCCUCGGUCACUGCUUUAUUUACCUCACUUGGUCGUCUUUCCACCAUUGCCUUUUUCGCCCACUCCGUCUCGAGUCUUGACAUACACAGCCUCUUCUUAAUUAUUCCAUCAUCCGUCCUGUCCUCUGUUCAUUCUGUCUUCCGUUCUUCUGAUCGUCUGGUCUUCAGGUCCUUCUGGUCUUCAGGUCCUUCUGCGCUUCGUUCUUCUGGCGCCCUGAUCAUCCUUUCCUCCGUUCUGCUCCUCUGGUCCUUCGUUCAUCCGCUCGUACACUCAAUUUGCACUAUAAACACAUUGCUAUUCGAGAUCCAAUGUAUGCUCAUGGGCUAUUUGAAUGUGGCCAGUGCAGUAAAAGUAACGGCGGUAUCCAAACGGGCAAGAAACGCUGUCAUGAAUAUGACCGGUGCCUCGACGGCUGAUCUGAGCGAGCUUCCGUCUGCUGUCAGGGAUAGGCUCGAUAUCUGCGCACUGUCGGACAGCACCAUUCGCAUCUUCCAGCGAUACAUAGCAUUGAAUGCAAGCGGUACCAAUAUCGCCACGGAAGGCGUUAUGCGACUAAUCGAGCACGACAUCACCACGAUCACUCUCCACUCUUGCUACAACAUCGACAUCAGAGCUCUUCUCGAAGCGCUGCGUGACUUUGAGUCCAGCAAUCCACAUGUGGACAUAUUGCUAUACACUAAGCGCACUCAGAUCGCCAUGUGGAUGGUUCACAGGCAAGGCAUAUCGCCAUCCAGCAGCCGUGUGCACAUCUAUCAGGAGAUAGCGCCAGGCAGACAGUACGAUCUCGUGGCCAGCAAGAUGUAUGAACAGGGGAUACCUCGUCCUUGCCAUGUGUGCGCUAGCCCUACCAAAUAUAGAUUCCGUUCCGGGCAACUUUCAGCAAGACUGGGCUGGUGUGAUGAAUACUGCCUCCCUACAUGCAAGAACUGUGAUAUUGGUAUUGUCUUGCUCGUGUUUAAGCUUCUUCCUGGCCGUGGUUCUGGCAGCACUCCGCUUCGAUCUGCAUACAAUAGUGCAGCCGUAUGCCCUUCGAGGCGUCCGGGCCCCAACAUUGCAUCGUGCCCAUGCAACUUCAAGUUGACCUACAAGUAA